AUGGAGUUCUACUUAGAGAUCGACCCUGUCACCUUGAACCUGAUCAUCCUGGUGGUGAGCUACGUCCUCUUGCUCCUGGUGUUCCUCAUCUCCUGCGUGCUGUAUGACUGCCGAGGCAAGGACCCCAGUAAGGAGUACGCUCCCGAGGCCACCGUGGACACACAGCCCUCCAUUCACUUGGUGGUGAUGCCGCAAAGUGCGCCUGGGGCCCACUGGGCAAGGGGACCUGGCCUUCAUUUUAAAGAUCCUGCUCCCCUGGGGAAGAAAAGCACCAUGGUGUGAGCUGGAUGUGGGGCACUGGGGAGAGGCCACUGGACAUUGGGGAGAGGCCAGUGGACUUGCAAUAGAGGACUCACUCUUCCCUAUUGGGGCUCCAGUUCUCUCCGCACACGGGUCCUGCUUGGCUAAGCAAGCUGGUCUUCUGUCUUACUUUCUGCUUUCUGGUCCUCCUCUUCGCGGAUAAAGCAACUGUUUCAGGUGGUGGAACUGACUGGCCCCAAAUCCCACAGCAAAUAAAGAGAAGAAGCCUUCAAACGUACAGCUUCUAACAAGCCUCAUUGUUCUUUCUGCUGCUGUGAUUCAGUCCCACAGGAGACCAUCUUCAGGAACAUUUCACUGCCUCAGAUGUGGGCAGAUAUUAGAAAGAA